AUGAAAUGGAGAAAAGAUACAAAAGAAGGAACAAUUGUGGCUGGAGGAAAAGGUCAAGGAGAAAAUCUUAAUCAAUUGUAUUAUCCUCGAGGAGUCAUUGUUGAUGAUCUGGAUCAAAUCUAUGUGGCAGAUUAUUAUAAUCAUCGAGUAAUGCGUUGGUGUGAAGGAAAAGAAGAAGGUGAAAUUGUUAUUGGUGGAAAUGGUCAAGGAAAUCAACCAAAUCAAUUAUAUCAUCCUUUUGUUUUAUCCUUUGAUGACGAAGGAAAUCUUUAUGUUGGUGAUUAUUCGAAUGAUCGAAUUCAAAAGUUCGAAAUCGAGAAAUAA